AUGAACGCGUUUGGUGGCGGUUUCAACCAGGGCAAACCUGGUGCCUUUGGCCCGCAAUCUCAACCACAGCAAGCGGCAUUCGGCCAGCAGCCGCAGGUAGGAGGCUUCGGACAACAGCUGCCGCAGCAGGUCGGCGGCUUCGGCCAGCAGACGGGUGGAUUCGGCCAACCGGCUCAACCACAAAGCGGAUUUGGCCAGGCGGGUAUGUCGCAAGCAGCUGGCGGCUUUGGUCAGGCGCAGCAACAGCCAGUCGCCGGCUUCGGGCAGCAACCGCAGGUUAGUGGAUUUGGUCAGCAGGCAACCCAACAGGCGGCCGGAUUCGGACAGCAGACGGGUGGAUUUGGUCAGCAGUCGCAGCAGCAGGGCGGGUUUGGCCAAGCGGCGGCAGCGCCACAGACUGGGGUCUUUGGCCAGCAACCGCCGCAGCAGAUGAGUGGCUUUGGCCAACAGUCUCAGCAGCAGGUCGGCGGCUUUGGCCUGCAGCCCGCCACUGCUAUAGGGGGCUUUGGUCAGCAGCCGCAACAGUCAGGCGGGUUCGGGCAGCAGGCGGGUGGAUUUGGCCAGCAGUCGCAGCAGCAAGGCGGAUUUGGGCAAACACCGCCGCAACAGCAGGGCGGUUUCGGACAGGCGGCCGCCGGCGGCUUCGGUGCGGGGCGAGGCGGCGCUGGCUUCGGUGCAGCUGGCGGCUUUAAUCAGCCAACAGCGCAGGGAGGAGGGUUCGGUGCUUCUCAGCCUGCCGUGAAUGCUUUUGGGCGACCACAGCAAGUGCAGGGUGGAUUUGGCACCCAGACCACUGCUGGUGCUCAGUUCGGCGGCGGACAGGGCACGGGUGGCUUUGGCGCUGCUCCUCAGGGCGGCUUUGGCUCACAGCAGCCGGCACCCGGUGGCUUUGGUCAACAGACGGCUACCGGCGGCUUCGGCCAGUCCGCUGCACCAGGUGGCUUCGGCACUGCGCAACAGACUGGUGCUGGCGGGUUCGGUGCUGGACGCGGCACUACGGGCUUUGGUGGACCGCAGGCCACCGCGGGCGGCUUCGGCGCCGGCCGCGGGGCCACCGGCUUCGGACAGGCUGCGCAGGGUGGGUUCGGUGCGCAGCCGCCAGCCGCUAGUGGGUUUGGACAAGUGCAGCAGCAGGCGGCCGGCUUCGGAGCACAGCAGGCGACGGCCGGGGGCUUUGGGCAGCCUGCUCAGGGCGGCUUUGGCAGCGGUGUUUCCCAAGCCAUCACUGGUGGUGGAUUUGGCGCUGCCCAGCAACAACAGCCGCAGGGCUCGGCCGGCGGGUUCGGAGUUCAGCCCAGCGCUGCAGGCGGCUUCGGACAGGGCACCGGUGGCUUUGGAGCGCAGCAGCCAGCUGCUAGUGGUUUCGGCCAGGCAGCGCCAGGCGGCGCCUUUGGCCAGCAGUCGCAACCCGCCGCGGGCGGGUUCGGCGCAGGCCGCGGCACCACCGGCUUCGAUGUCGGGGGCGGCUUUGGCGGCUCGCAGCAACAGCCGCAGUCGGCCGCGGGUGGAUUUGGGGCCCCCAAAGGCGCGGCAGGUGGGUUUGGGCAGGCCGCUUGUGGCGGAUUUGGACCGGCAGCGGGCGGCUUUGGCGCACAGCAGCCAAAAGCUGGCGGCUUCGGCCAGGCUGCCCCCGCCUCUGGCUUCGGUCAAGCAGCCCCCGCCGCUGGCUUCGGCCAGGCUGCCCCCGCUACUGGCUUCGGCGCGCAGCCGCCGGCCACUGGCGGCUUUGGGCAGGCACCCGCUGCAGCGGCACUUGCCAGUGCGCCGGCCGCUGGUGCUGGCGUGAAUGUGGGCCGUCCCACCGACUUGGGUUUCAUGUCCCUUCCUGACUACAACGCAGCGCCGUAUGGCAAUGUGCUGCUCUUCGACUCAUACGAGCGGCCUCAGGCGGCCAAGACGACGGCGAAGACGACCGAGGAUGACUUGAAGCCCGUUGUCCCUCCAGCCCGUCGGGCGAUGCACACGUGGAUGGUGACGCAGAUGCGGGUGCCUGACGAAAAUACGUUGAUGAAGCAAGUGCCGGCGUCCCUCGCCUCGAGCGCCCUCUCGCCAGUGGCGCUGAAGGAGAUGCUGGUCCCUGCUGUGCAGCUCGGCGGCGCCGCGGCAGGAGAGCCCGCCGGGGCACAGAAGCGGGUGACGCACGACUCGCCACGGCGGCCGUCGCCCACGACGGUGGAUGCGCCGAUCGUCAACGCCGCCGUGCCACGGUGCACCAACCCUGCGUAUGCCCUGGAGCCCAGCCUCGCUCAGCUGGCCACCUACACCCCCGAGGAGCUCCGCCGCGUCUCACGCUUCACGAUUAGUCGUCUCGACGGCUCGUGUGAGGUGCGCUUUCUGGAGCCGGUGAACCUGGUGCGCGUUGACGUAGCCGCGGUGGUGCACCUCGGCAGUGACGGGCACGUUGCACUGUACCCUGACGGCGACGCCCCGCCCUUGUCGAGCGGGUUGAACGUGCGAGCCGAGGUGCGGGUGCGCGAUCCCACCGGCGAGGCCGCGGAGGGCAUCGCCCGCUACUGCGCGGAAUCGCGCGCCCACUUCGUGGGUCACCGGCAGGGGUGUUGCGUCUACCGCCUGAACGACAGCAGUGCCGCGGCCGGCGUGUCCCGUGCGGCUCUUCGGCAGGAUGCGAGCGACACCGCCCCGCUCUCCAUCAUCCACGACGAGGAUGAGCACUCGCACGACCUCGACCGCUCGAGUGACGGCAGUGAGGAGGAAGACACAGCUGACAUGCGCAGCGUCGAGCAGCCGCAGGCGGCCACUGGUAGUGGAGGCGCACUGGCGAUUGCCGAUGCUGAAGUGCGCACGUACACAGUGCCACCGCCACCAGCGACGCGAAGGCCAGUGGUGGAGCGGCGCCUGGCGUUGGCUUCGGCGGCUGACUUCGAUCUACCGUACGCCCUGCCGGACAUGAGUGUGAAGAGCAAGUGCGAGCCGUUCUCGGUGAAGCUGGGGACAUCGCGCCGCACGGCUGAGCCGCGCGUGUACUACGUGUGCGCGCAGAAGUCGAUCAUUCAGCGCACGUACCUCAACCAUCCACCGCGGUUGCAGCCCUCGGAGCGGACGAUUCGCGGCAUGCUAGCGAGGAGCGUGCGAGCAGGCUGGAGCACCGCCGGCAGCAUUGCAUUCCCGUCGCACGCGGAGUUACGCGACGGGGUGGAGGCGGGUGGCGCGGUGCCAGAGGUGGCGGGUGCUUGCGUCGUUGCGGCCACUCCGUUUCAGUGGCACAAGCCGGCCCAAAAAGUGUUCACCCAGUGCGCUGUGGCGCUGCUUCGCCUGUUUCUGCAGCACACCGACGUGGCAGACGACGCGGCGUGUCCGCUGGCGUCGAUUCAUCUCCACCGCAACAAGAGCCACAACACGCUCUCGGCGGAGAAGCUGAAGGUGGCGUCCAAUGUCAUCGAAAGCGUGAUCUCGGCAGCUGGCGAGGCAUCUCUCUCUCGCGUAGAGCUGCUCUCCACGCGGCAGACCUGCACCGUCCUCUCCCUUCUUUCCGCCCUCUACGCCUUGCCUGAGGCGGACGCCGCUGUCCCGAACGCGAUGGAGGAGGCGCGGUACCUUACGCAGCUGCGCCAUCGAAAUCUGGCUGGCUGGCUGAAAACGGAGCUCGCUGCCUUCCUCGACAGCUCCGCUAUGCGUGCGGCGAAGCUGUCUCCUGCGGAGGAACUGGUGCAGGCUAUGCUGUGCCACAGGCUUCGCGAGGCCCGCGCCUCCGCUCAGUCGGUCGCGAACGCGGAGCUGGCGCGUGUGUUGCGCGUGUGCGGGGAGGGGAACCAGUUUGGUGGUUACGUCGAGAUGGCGAAGAGCGGGUUCAAGGAUGGUGAGGAAGUGCGUCAGCGUGUCGUGAGCCUCCUCUCCGGCAAGGUGGAACCCUUCAUCCGUGACGAGGAGUACACGGGUCUGAACGAAGAGACGGCCGAGGUACGUGCGGCCCCGACGGCGGCCACGUGGAAGCAGCUGCUGGGCAUCUUCACUUUCUAUGGCUGUGUUCCGGAUACGCCGGCCGAGGACAUAAUUCAUGCCUUCCUCGAGCGGCUGCGCGCACCGUCGUCGCGCAAGCUCAAUCCUUUGCCUCCGUACGCCGAACGCGUUGACACUGCAGUGCUGCGGACGCACCGUGGGAAAGAUGUUGUGCGGCGCGGCAACACCUUCCAAGAUGCUGCGUUGCUGCUCUUGGAGGGAUUCGCCAACGGCUCGGCUCCUCCGGCUGCCUGCCUGCACCCCCACGCGUCGAGCUACUCGGGCGCCGACUAUCUCACUCCCUUUGUGAUUGUGGCUGCGAUCCGCGCUGUCCAAGUACCGAGGGAGCAAGCCUACAGAGAUGCGGAGCUGUCGGUACUUCUCGGCGUGACGGCAGAACUCGAGUGCAACGACGAGACGUGGUUCUGGGGCCUCCUUCCUCUGCACAUGAUCGAGUCGCCCGCCAACCGUCUCGACGCCGUACGCGCGUUUUGCAAACGCAACGCCAUGCGUGCCAGCGCUCAGAAGCAGCUGGGCGAGCCCCAGGCAGAUUACAAUAGAUUAGUAAGCCUGAUGCGUGUGAACGAGGGCUGGCUGGAGCCCGUUUUCGUCCCUCCGGAGGAGGAGAGGAGUGUCGCAGAGAACAUGCCGAGCGUAAGGACGCACGCCGCCCUCGAGAAGGCCCUGGCGAAGCUGGCGAUAGAGGCGUGGUAA